AUGUUCAGGCCGGUUUUGAGACAAUCUUCCCGCGCUGUGGCCGGUGCCCUCGCCACCGGAAGAGUUGCUGCGACACGAAAUGCCGUCCCACUCGUCGCCAACCAAGUCCGAACCCUCGCCGACAAGGCCAGCCCCACAGAAGUCUCCUCCAUCUUGGAGCAGAGAAUAAGAGGUGUCUCUGAGACUGCCUCGUUGGCUGAGACCGGUCGUGUCCUUUCCGUCGGUGACGGUAUUGCUCGUGUACACGGUCUUGCCAAUGUCCAGGCCGAAGAAUUGGUUGAGUUCGCCUCUGGUGUCAAGGGCAUGUGCUUGAACUUGGAAGCCGGCCAAGUCGGUGUUGUGCUCUUCGGUUCCGAUCGUCUCGUCAAGGAAGGAGAAACCGUCAAGAGAACGGGCCAGAUCGUCGACGUCCCAGUCGGUCCAGAACUUCUCGGCCGUGUCGUUGACGGUCUCGGUAACCCAAUUGACGGAAAGGGCCCAUCCAACACCAAGGAGAGACGUCGUGCUCAGCUCAAGGCUCCUGGUAUCUUGCCUCGUCAGUCCGUCCGUGAGCCCAUGCAGACUGGUCUCAAGUCCGUCGAUGCCAUGGUUCCCAUCGGUCGUGGACAGCGUGAAUUGAUCAUUGGUGAUCGUCAAACCGGAAAGACUGCCGUCGCCCUCGACACCAUCCUUAACCAGAAGCGAUGGAACAGCGGAAGUGACGAGACCAAGAAGCUUUACUGCAUCUACGUUGCCGUCGGUCAGAAGCGUUCCACCGUUGCCCAGCUCGUCAAGACCCUUGAGGAAAACGACUCCCUCAAGUACUCCAUCGUCGUUGCCGCCACCGCCUCUGAGGCCGCCCCACUUCAGUACAUCGCUCCCUUCACCGGAUGUGCCAUGGGUGAAUGGUUCCGUGACAACGGAAAGCACGCCCUUGUCAUCUACGACGACUUGUCCAAGCAGGCCGUCGCCUACCGUCAAAUGUCCCUCUUGCUCCGUCGUCCACCAGGUCGUGAGGCCUACCCCGGAGAUGUCUUCUACCUUCACUCCCGUCUUUUGGAACGUGCCGCUAAGUUGAACAAGAGCAUCGGUGGUGGUUCUUUGACCGCCUUGCCAGUCAUUGAGACCCAGGGUGGUGACGUGUCUGCCUAUAUUCCCACUAACGUCAUUUCCAUCACCGACGGCCAGAUCUUCUUGGAAUCUGAAUUGUUCUUCAAGGGUAUCCGUCCCGCCAUUAACGUCGGUCUUUCCGUCUCUCGUGUCGGAUCUUCCGCCCAGGUCAAGGCCAUGAAGCAGGUUGCCGGUUCCCUCAAGCUCUUCUUGGCCCAGUACCGUGAAGUCGCUGCUUUCGCCCAGUUCGGUUCCGAUCUCGAUGCCUCCACCAAGUCCACCUUGGCCCGUGGUGAACGUCUCACUGAGCUCCUCAAGCAACCUCAGUAUACCCCCAUGGGUGUUGAGGAACAGAUCCCUCUCAUCUUCGCUGGUGUCCGAGGACAUCUUGACAAGGUCCCAGUCAACAAGAUCCAGGCUUUCGAGCGCGACUUCUUGGCACACCUCAAGAGCUCCGAGGCCGGAUUAUUAGAGGAGCUCAGGACCAAGGGUGUUUUGAGCAAGGAGUUGGAGGACAAGUUGACCGCCGUCGUUUCGUCCUUCGUCAAGAGCUUCCUGUAA